AGGUGGUGAGGCUGGCCAUGGCCGGCAGCGAGCUGGCGCUGGGGGGGAUAGAGGAGCGGCCGGUGCUGAUAAAGAGCCUGAUACUGGGCGUGACUGCUGUCUCGUAUGUCAUCAGCGCUGCGAUCGCUGUGGUUCUGUACAGCCAAGGCAGCUCCGCCUUAAACUGGCUGAUGCUGGUGCUCCUGUUAGCUGCUGUGGGCCUGGCUGCUCUAACCUACAUCGUGGACGAAGGUGUGAUCUCAAACUCAGGCCUUGUGACAAUGGCAGCCUUUGUGAUGCUGUGGCUGAUGGAUCAGGAGCUCACCCUAGCAGCCAACCCAAGAACUGCACCUGCUGAGUGGGCUGGGGCUCCAUGGGAAAACCUAUCCUACAUACAGGUCCUGCUGUCUCUGGCUGGCUCAACUAUGGAAAGAGGAGAGCUGGUCCAGCCAUGAGGAGGAGGAGGAGGCUGGUCGCUCUCUCAUCAGUGCCUGGACAUCUCCUCUAGCCGUCAAGCUGUCAAUCAUCCUGGUGUACACCCAGCUGGUGGUGCACAGCAUACAGAUGGGCAGCACUGGGUCUCACACCGCAGUGGGGGGAGCCAUGGAGGGGUCUCACACCUCCG